AUGCAAAGAGCAAACUACUUUGCGUACGUGAUGCUCAUCCACAUGGGUCCUCCGGAUUUGUUUGGGGGCGGCAACGUUACAUUCUUGAUGCCCAAUGACAAAACUCUGGCGGCCUCCAACGACAGCAUCAGCAGUGGGGUGGUAUCGGAUUUCUUGCAACGGCAUUCGAUUCCAUCGGCUUUGAUGUUUGAAGACAUGGAACACAUCCCAUCAGGAUCCAUCUUGCCAACCUCAAAACCAGGCCUGAUUCUGCGGGUGAACCACAAGGGAUCAGGGAGGCGAAGCUUGUACCUCAACAACGUGAGGAUCAUCAGCCCAAACAUAUGUAGUAGCCAGGGAGCAUCAAUCAGGUGCCAUGGCAUUGAUGGAGUCAUCCAACCUGAAUUCCUCCCAACAGAUCAAGACGGAGGAGGUACAACAACCCCUCCUCCUGAUCAGUGCAGCAACCAGAAUGAUAAUGAUAAUAAUAGUACUAAAAGUAGGCCAACUCCUCCUCCAGCAGCAGCAGCGUCGCCACCACCAGAAAGCCACAACAACAGUGAGUCAGCACCUCCAGCGGGUACAGCUUCAGGGGCGGCUUGUAGUGGUUAUGAUCGACAUCAACUUGUGAUCCUCCUCCUGCCUCUAGCCUGCUGCUGCUUCUUCUUCUUCUGGGUCUAA